AAAUGAAUUACUGGGGAGAUAAGGAGGAGGAAGAGACAGAAAGCUGAGGAUGCAGCCUGCCCGGAUCCACAGCACACAACGCAAGAGCAGCUAGAGCAUCUCAGUGAAACCCAACUUCAGCGGUCUUCAUCAUCAGCUUCACGACGAGGAAGAGAUGCGUUGAUCCAACAACAGACCCCCUAAGACUCCCCCACCCCGCUCUACAUUUUCGUCCUCCUCUACCUUUUUUUUUCCUCCUCCCAUCUCCAACGAGGAGCAUCCCGCGCACCGAUAUAUAUAAAUAUAUAUAUUUUUUCUUUCUUUCUUUUUUUUUUACUCCGACCGACGGCCAGGCAAUUUCAAGAGAACUGACAAAAAGCCAGACACGAUGUGUGGAUGUCCCCGCUAUGGGACAGCCGUGGGAUUUAUGGUACUGCUGAACGCGUUGCUGAUAUUUGCGACGCAGGCUACAGAAGGAGUCCUGACGGACCACCUUUUGGUCCAGUUGCAUGAGGACGCGCAGGAUGAGGCGCACCAAGUUGCAACACAACACGGGCUCCAGAGUGCGCGGAAGCUUCCCUUUGGAGAUGGCCUGUUUCACUUCUAUCCUCAGGAGACUUCAAAGAGGCGAAGCAAACGCAGCACUCGUAUCAAACAGAGCCUCCAAAAAGACAGAAGGGUAAAGAAAGUCUUCGAACAGGAAGGUUUCAGUCGUCAGAAGCGAGGCUACAGAAAUAUCAAUGAUAUUGAAGUGAACAUGAGUGACCCUCUGUUCACCAAGCAGUGGUAUCUGAUAAACACAGGGCAGGCAGAUGGGACCCCCGGGUUGGAUCUAAAUGUGGCUGAGGCUUGGGCACUGGGGUACACAGGCAAAGGAGUCACCAUCGCAAUCAUGGAUGAUGGUAUCGACUACCUACAUCCAGACCUGGCAUCAAAUUAUAAUGCCGAUGCCAGCUACGAUUUUAGCAGCAACGACCCGUUCCCAUUUCCUCGAUACACAGAUGACUGGUUCAACAGUCAUGGCACACGAUGUGCUGGGGAGGUUUCUGCGGCAGCCAACAAUAACAUCUGUGGUGUGGGAGUCGCCUACAACUCCAAGGUGGCAGGCAUCAGGAUGCUGGACCAACCUUUUAUGACUGAUAUCAUUGAAGCAUCAUCGAUCAGCCACAUGCCUCAAGAUAUUGACAUAUACAGUGCCAGCUGGGGACCAACUGAUGAUGGCAAGACUGUGGAUGGACCGCGGGAACUUACAUUGCAGGCCAUGGCUGAUGGUGUUAAUAAGGGGCGUGGAGGAAAAGGCAGCAUCUAUGUAUGGGCGUCAGGCGAUGGCGGUAGCUAUGACGACUGCAACUGUGACGGCUACGCCUCCAGCAUGUGGACCAUCUCCAUCAACUCUGCGAUCAACGAUGGCCGCACCGCCCUGUAUGAUGAAAGCUGCUCCUCCACGCUGGCGUCCACAUUCAGUAACGGGCGAAAACGCAACCCGGAGGCUGGUGUUGCUACAACAGAUCUGUAUGGAAACUGCACUCUGCGUCACUCUGGAACAUCAGCAGCAGCACCGGAGGCAGCAGGCGUCUUUGCUCUGGCUCUUGAAGCUAACCCUAACCUGACAUGGAGAGACAUGCAGCACCUGUCAGUCCUGACAUCAAAGCGAAACCAGCUCCAUGACGAAGUCCACCAGUGGAGAAGGAACGGUGUGGGGUUGGAGUUCAACCACCUGUUUGGGUAUGGCGUGUUGGAUGCUGGAGGGAUGGUGAAAAUGGCCAACGAAUGGAAAACGGUUCCAGAGCGUUUCCACUGUGUAGCUGGUUCCAUCCAGGAAGCCCAUAAAUUCCAGUCUGGCAAUAAGCUGGUGCUAGCCAUUACCACUGAGGCCUGUCAGGGAAAGGACAACUUUGUCCGCUACCUGGAGCAUGUCCAGGCCGUAGUCACUGUCAACGCCACCCGCCGUGGAGACCUCAACAUCAACAUGACCUCACCGAUGGGGACAAAGUCCAUACUGUUGAGUCGAAGGCCCCGGGAUGACGACUCCAAGGUUGGCUUUGACAAGUGGCCCUUCAUGACCACCCACACCUGGGGGGAGGACCCCCGUGGCACCUGGGUCCUGGAGGUGGGUUUUCGGGGCGAUCAGCCUCAGCGGGGUGUCCUCAAGGAGUGGACUCUCAUGCUGCAUGGAACACAAAGUGCCCCUUACAUAGACCAGAUUGUCCGCGAUUAUCAGUCCAAACUGGCCAUGUCCAAAAAGGAGGAGUUGGAGGAGGAGCUAGAUGAGGCCGUAGAGAGAAGUCUGAAGAGCUUGAUGAGUAAAAACAACUGAAAUCAAAAUGUCAUCUGCAUGUUGCCAAUUGCUUCACUUUUCCCUGUAUUUUCAGUCUCGCUCUCUGCCCACAGUAUCACUACAUCACCUUAUUUUGUUCAGUGUUUCCUCUCUUCUGUCUCCUGCUCUGCCUCUCUCCUUUCUGCUUUUUUGUUAUCAAGAGUUUCCCUCAGACACCUUUGAUGAAUGUUUCUCCUAACAAUCAUGACAAAAGUAUAUCCCUUAAUCAACGGUCGUAGAGAAAGCAAAACUAUAUCGGCAGAAUUUUACAUUGCAAUGAAUUGUACAUAUACCACGCCAGCGUUUCAUGCUAUUGCUUUCAUGCCCUGCACCUUUCUUCUGCCAAAUGUUGUACAGUUUUUUUUUUCUGUGACUGUAAAUGAUUUUCUGUCUCAUUCUACUUAAACUUUAAUUUUAUCGCAAACAUAGCAGUGAUACUUCUUUCCGUCUGUAUUUUUGUGAAAUUUUUGUAAUCAAGGAAAGGAAUGUGUAAUUUAUUUUGCAGAGUGCGGUCAUCUUUCAUAACCUUUGACGUAUAUGCUAUAAUAAACCUAUUCAGCUAUUUAUUAAAGCAUUUGAGUGAUUUGGAGCACAUCACCCAAUAUUUUUUUCUUCUAAAUAAAGAUUUCUACUCUAUCAGUUCAGUGCCCCAAACUGCACAAAUAAAUGAAUAAAUCAAACGAUGGAUGCCCCCCCCCAAAAAAAUGUGGAAAAUACAACAACUGAAAAAUAAAUAUAAAUACACGAUCUGAGAAACCAUCUAAUUAGAAAACAGACUUCAAUUGUAUUUUUUGUUAUUUUAGUAUAAAUGCAAUACUAUCUGAACUGUUGAAAAUAGAGUAUAAAAGCAGCAGGUCUGUUAAAUAAGAGUUUGGAUUAAAGGGACAGUUCAUCACAACCUGACAUUUAUUGCCUCUGGGUAGGGAGCUCUAAUUAAGGCUGCUAAGCUUCAGUACAGAGAAUAGCAACAAAUAACCACAUUUCUAUUUGUGGAACAGUGAGACAGAAGAAGAACGGUAAAUAUUUUGAUCUACAUGGGUUUUUCUGGAGUCAUCCUUGCUUUUUUCUAUAUCUUUUCCAUUUUCAACGUUUUAUAUUUUUCAACGACAUUUGUAAAAAUUGCACAUAUGUUUGUGAGCUAUUUAGGGAUAUCAAAAUUUAAGCUUUGUAAAAUUUUAACAUUUUUCAUUCUGGAAAAACUGAUUGCCCUUAAACCUAAUAAUUGUCUCUAAUCCGCCUUCGGUGGCAACAGCUGUCACAAAAUAUUGCCAUUCCACUCCAUUCCACUUUUUUAAUUCAGCCACACUGUGAGGUUUUCAAGCUUGAACAGCCUAUGUAAGAUCACAUCACAAGAUCCCAAUUAAAUUCCAGGAUUUAAACAGGUUAGAUCAAAACUUUAUUUAUUUUUUUAACCAUUUAGAUGUGGGCUUGAUAGUGUGCUUCUGAUCAUUUACCUGUUGCAUAACCCAACUAUGACUGAGCUUUUAGUCAUGAACUGAUGUUCUAUGUUUUCUGAACUUGUAAUGACUCUUGCAGUCAAUCACUGGACUCCCUAUCUUAGAAAUGGUUUGGUAUGUUCGGCGAUGAUGCAUACACCAUAUGGUGGCUUGAGUCAACGAGGUGGUUGCCACAGGUUAGAGUCCUGGUCUGUUGACCCUUUCUGCAUGUCUUCCCCCUAUGUUAUAACCCACUUUCCUGUCAGAUCACUAUCAAAUAA